AUGGCGCCGGCAAAAACGAGGGAUAACAAAGAGGGAGGAGGCGGGGGAGCGAGAGACAGGGAGGACAUGGCGGCAGGGGGCGAAGGACACGAUACAGGCAAGUCGGCAGGCAAGCACGGCAGGGCAAACGAGCACAACCAUGGCGAUGAGAAGGACUUCGUCUUGGUCGAUGUGUUCUCGCAAGUCGUCAAGGUUCCCAUCAGGGCAGACACUUCGGUCUCAGACGUGUGCGACCACCUCGCAUCGCUAUACCCAGAGCUCACCCCUGAGCACCUGUACACUUGUGACGGCUGCGAGUUGAUGAUGGAGGACUUGCUGUGCAAUGUGUGUGUAGCAGGAGAACACCUGCUGCUGGCGUUGGGAGCAACCGACGAUGAGAGGAAACGGUCUACUGUGCUGAGCUCCCUCGGAAUCUUCCAUGGGGUUCCCAGGACUGCGUUUCAGCCGAUGCCAGCGAGAGUGACGUCGUCGUCCUCAUGUUCCCUCCUGACAGGUCAGUGUAUCCUCAACCCGAGGAUAGCCUCCUCCUUGAAGAAGCUCUACAUAGCAGUGGAGGGAGAGUGCCAUUCAAGCCUGACUUAUGGGUUGAGGGCUGACUCUGCCCAGAAGCCGCGCGUUCUGACGAGUGUGUGUGUGGACACGUCGAGCUUGAAGCAUCUUGUCGUGGUCGGAGGAAAGUCAAACUUGAAGAGCGUCGGGGACCUCGUCCGAUGGGUGAGGGCGAGGAUGGGAGGUAUCCCUUCCUGGGUUCGCUUGCAUGCGUACGUCUUCUCCAACCUAGGGAGUGAUGUUCGCGAGGACGAGAGUGAGAAGGAUUGGUUCGAGGAGCUGGAUGACAGCACUGCCAUCCCGGUGCUGUCCAAGAACGAGAAUCUUCUCAUCAGUACAGAGGUUACGCCAGUUGUGUUAUCGAAGAAGGAUUCAUUGGUGUGGAAGACAACUCACGACGGAGGUCAGGCGAUGUACGGAAAGAAGGCCCUUGCCUUCGAUCCCUUGAGGUUGGACGAUUUCAGCUGCCUCGUCGAGAGCCUGGCCGACUCCUUCAAUUUUUUACACAAGAUGCAGCUGUGUGCUACGGAGGUAGCAGGGGUGGGGACAUUUCUCAACGGGGAGGUUCGUUUCAAUGGUAUCCCAGUGGAAAUUCCGUCCUUGCAGGAUCUGAGGAUCACGUUGCGGAUCACCUCGCGCUCCGAGUCAGCGCACAACGGGGGGAAGAGCCUUGUACUGAGGCCUUACUUUGGGGACGAGAGUGUCUGGUGUCACCUCCCCCCUCACGGCCACGUCCUUCCCUUCUUCUUCACCGCUGGGCCUAACAUGAUCUUCACUCCGUGCUUGGAAACGAUUGACGUGCUCAGCUGGGCGACGUCUCCUCAGAUCAAAUCUUUCUCGAAGGACGAUCUCAUCAUUCUCAUUUCGAGAAUAUCAGCGCCCAGAUCCAAGCGAAGGCGCGAUGCCGAGAUGCACGAGAGCAGACCCUCAAGGCAAAGGACGCGUCAAGGACAUGUCCAGGAUCUACAUGCCCCACCUGAAGAGGAAGCGGCGGAGCUGAACCCAUGGAAUGCUCGAGGGAACGAGAGGGAGAUCGCCGCGACGGAGGUAACGGAGAUGAGGAAGAGACUACAAGCAGCGCGAGAAAGCCGCGAUGGAGAGAAGAUAGCCUUUGCAGAGAUAGAUUUAGCGAAGGCGAAGCUGGGAGCAGCGAACAAGGCUGGGGACGAGAGGGUGAUCGCGGCAGCAAAAGUCGAGGUCGCGGAGGCGAAGCUGAGAGGAGAGGUCGAGGUCGCGGAGGCGAAACUGGGAGAAGCGAACAAGGCUGGGGACGAGAGGGUGAUCGCGGCGGCGAAAGUCAAGGUCGCGGAGGCGAAGCAGAGAGGGGAGGUCGAGGUCGCGGAGGCGAAACUGGGAGAAGCGAACAAGGCUGGGGACGAGAGGAAGAUCGCGGCGGCGAAAGUCAAGGUCGCGGAGGCGAAGCUGAGAGGGGAGGUCGAGGUCGCUGAUGCGAGACUGGGAGAAGCAAACAAGGCUGGGGACGAGAGGGUGAUCGCGGCGGCGAAAGUCAAGGUCGCGGAGGCGAAGCAGAGAGGGGAGGUCGAGGUCGCGGAGGCGAAGCUGAGAGAGGAGGUUGUGGUCGGGAAGGCGAAGCAGAGAGGGGAGGUCGAGGUCGCGGAGGCGAAACUGGGAGCAGCGAACAAGGCUGGGGCCGAGAGGAAGAUCGCGGCGGCGAAAGUCGAGGUCGCGGAGGCGAAGCAGAGAGGGGAGGUCGAGGUCGCGGAGGCGAAGCUGAGAGGGGAGGUCGAGGUCGCGGAGGCGAAGCUGGGAGCAGCGAACAAGGCUGGGGACGAGAGGAAGAUCGCGGCGGCGAAAGUCAAGGUCGCGGAGGCGAAGCUGAGAGGGGAGGUCGAGGUCGCGGAGGCGAAGCUGAGAGGGGAGGUCGAGGUCGCGGAGGCGAAGCUGAGAGAGGAGGUCGAGGUCGCGAAGGCGAAGCUGGGAGCAGCGAACAAGGCUGGGGACGAGAGGAAGAUCGCGGCGGCGAAAGUCGAGGUCGCGGAGGCGAAGCUGAGAGGGGAGGUCGAGGUCGCGGAGGCGAAGCAGAGAGGGGAGGUCGAGGUCGCGGAGGCGAAGCAGAGAGGGGAGGUCGAGGUCGCGAAGGCGAAGCUGGGAGCAGCGAACAAGGCUGGGGACGAGAGGGAGAUCGAGGCGGCGAUAGUCGAGGUCGCGAAGGCGGAGCUGAGAGGGGAGGUCAAGGUCACGAAGGCGAAGCUGAGAGGGGAGGUCGAGGUCGCGGAGGCGAAGCUGGUUGAUGCGCAAACCAAGAAUCAGACCCAGUUAGUAGAUGAUUUGCAGCGCUCUUUGUACCUCAAUCAGUGCAAGCUUGCAGACUUUGAUGCAUCGUUGCCUAUGCGGUUGGAUACGGAAGUGUUGCAUGCGGUGUCUCUCAAGUAUCGCAUUGCGCUGGGAGAGGUCGUUGACACGCUGAAGAGACACCUAGGCGAAGUGCUGGGAUCAAGAACGGGAGCAUUCAGCCAAAGGAACCCCAUCGACAAAGUAGUAGCAGAAGCGGGAAGAAAAGCCGGGAUUGUUACUUGUAUGAUCGAGGCAUGCUCGGGGAGCGGGAAAUCGCUGAGUGCUGUAGACUACUUCGUACGAAAUCCAAAGACAUCGCUUUAUUGCUUGUUCGGAUACAUCCAGGAACAGGAUUUAUAUCUGAUUGUACGAGGCAUCUCGCACAUGAUCAAUGCAGCCAUCGAUCUUGAUCUCCAGGCGUGUGAUCGCAGGAUCGAUUACCUUGACCCAACAAAAUGCGAGCAGGAAGUCUUGACGAUCGACCUGCACGCGUACAGCUGGAACUUGCUUGGUGUUGUGGGAUACCUGUUUGGCAAGACGACGGGCCCAGGAAAGGUGCGCGUGGAGGAAGCAAAGCUGUGGACAGAGAAGGAGCACCUGUGGGUGUUGGUCGAUGAAGCAAUCCCGAGGUAUCAAGGUAUGCCCUGCCGCACUAAUGCCUUAUGGAGGCUGUUGUUCCUCAAGAGGAUGCUUCGUAAUGCAGGCUUUCAUUGCAUCAUGCUGGGUACCAACACUCUGGUGAUGAAUUUCAACAAUGCUUUACAGCAGACGAGAAAUAGCCGAGGCAAGAACCAAGAGACUAUCAAGUGCAUCACCCAUCGAGCUCUUCCUCCGAUGAUCCUUCAGUCUGAUGAGCAGCGCGAUAUCCUGAAGCAGGUGUUUGGGGAAGAGAUGAUUGAGGGGUUGCUCGACAAUGUCAACCCCAUGCUCUGCCACCUAUUCUUCAAGUAUUGGAGAGGUGGACAAGGGAAAGAUAGCGCGACCUUGUUUCGAGAUCUAGCAAAUCCACUGUUGGCCAUAGUACGAGGUGACAAGAAAAGCCUCAAGGACUCAUCGUUGUACUGUAUGUUUCAGAUAGCAACGCACGAAAGCAUGUGCCAGGCGCACAUCUUGCAAGGCUUUGGUGUCCUCAAUGCUUGGCCGAUGAGCCAAGUCCCUGCACGCGGCAGCUCGGAGUCAAUCGUUGAGCUUAAACGGACCGACAAUCAGAUUGAGAUGAAUGGGAUCGAACUCAACGACUUAACUAGCAAGUUCCCGCCAAGCUGGGUAGACCCCAUCACCGUCGCGAUCUGUGCUGGCGGGGGGAGACCUUUCGGGAACAACUCGAGCCUUGAGGUGUUGAGGAGGAUCCACCGAGACGCUCUGAAGCCCAUGGAUGAUCCAACAGCAGUAGAUGCGCUGCGCCGAGACGGGAACCUGCUGGAGUCGUUUGGAGGAGUCGUGGUGAUGUUGACGAGCUGGGCCGAUCCUGAGGACAUUCUUUCAACCCUCAGCCAUCAUUGCGGAAGGGAAGUGAGAGGCAAAGUGAAGGAGGUGCUUGGUUGCGUGAAGGAUGAAGCAUCAGCACGGGAGUUCCGCAAAGUCUUGACUCAGUGCUUCUGUAAUCUGAUCCCCUUGCGGGACAGUGACGAUGAGAUGCCUAACCAUAAAGCUUUCGGGUACUACAUUCGAUGCAAGGACAAGCGGAGACGGGACGGAGAGUUUGUGGGCCCCGUCCACAGUCCUGAUGGCCAAAGCAGCAUGAGGGGAGCAGCGGAGUUUAAGAACCGGAGAAAGCCUCUUGAUCAAUCGCAGCUCACGAAGUUUGUGAAGAAACUAGCCAACGACAAUCACAACCUCCUGUUGUUCAUGGCUCCGGCGCUAGGAGAGUUCAAGGCUGAGAACAUCCUACCGACAGAUGGAGAUGCCACGUGGUUGGUUCUGCAUUGGACGAUGGACACAACGAAAUACUCAGGAUGGCACACUGAGGUGUUAGGCGGAAAGGCGAAGUGCAAAAGUCAUAGGAUACUGAUCCUUAUGGAGAUCGGGCUGUCAACGAAACCUUUUAGUGAACCAUCGAUGCAGCAAGACGAGAUGGAUGACGAGGACCCGUGA